CGCGGGCUUUGUGCGCGCCUGGAAUCCAGCUGUCGCCGCCCCUCGCAGCCCCCUGCCCCCGGCGGGCGCACAUUUCCGGGCCGCCCACCACCCGACCGCGUCGGUAGCAGCUGCGCCUGCCUGCUCCGUGGCCGUCCCGCCCCAGUAGCCCGCGAAAUGCCGGUCGACUUCACCGGGUACUGGAAGAUGUUGGCCAACGAGAAUUUCGAGGAGUACCUGCGCGCUCUCGAUGUCAACGUGGCCUUGCGCAAAAUUGCCAACUUGCUGAAGCCAGACAAAGAGAUUGUGCAGGACGGCGACCAUAUGAUCAUCCGCACGCUGAGCACUUUCAGAAACUAUAUCAUGGACUUCCAGGUUGGGAAGGAGUUUGAGGAGGAUCUGACGGGCAUAGAUGACCGCAAGUGCAUGACCACGGUGAGCUGGGACGGGGACAAGCUCGAGUGUGUGCAGAAGGGGGAAAAGGAGGGACGCGGCUGGACCCAAUGGAUUGAGGGUGACGAGCUGCACCUGGAGAUGAGAGUGCAGGGUGUGGUCUGCAAGCAAGUAUUCAAGAAAGUGCACUGAAGCCUGAGCAGACCUUGAUCUCCAAGAAUGAGUGGCAUGGACGUGUGGGCCAGGAUCCCCUCCUUUGCACAGCAUGGGGCAGAAAUGUCCAGCCACUCCUAGGCAUCUGUUAGCAGAGUCUCUCUCUUGGCUUUGUCUCUUCUCUUUUCCUUAAAACGAAGCCAUCCCAAUAAAAGUGAUUUCUGCUUAAUA